AUGGCGCGGAUGGUCACAUCCCCGUGUCCAGGGGACCACGUUACCGGCACAAAGCCAAAGGAUGCCGUUGACCAGAAAACAGCCCGCCACACGAACUCAAGCACCAACCAGGGCGCACACAAAAAUAUCGCCUCUCCAGGACAAUCGACCGAUGUAGCAACCGAGGACUUCGAAAUCAUCUCAGCACUGAAGCUCAUCGCCGUGUCAGUGGCUGAGCAGCACCACCUCGCCGCCAAAUCCCUCAUCCUCCACCCGACCACCCUGGCCCUGGUAACCGUGGGUUUCGCUUACAGCAUCGGGGUCGUUUACCAUGACCCAUCAGGCUGGCCCUACAUUGCUGUUAUCUGUGCCACUGCGGUAUCGGGCACUUUGGGCAUUAUCACACGCUUGGUGAGGAGAUAUCACGAUGAGGCUGAGAAAGUUGGAACACUGAACUGGUUGUACGGGCACGAUCCUGGCAAAGAUGACAAUGCCACUACGACUCAGGAAGAUCCCGCCUUCAACUCAAACGAUGGAUUUACGUUUGUACUCAUUCAUCGAUUCGGGGGUCGCAUUGUCGGGGCGCUUGUUAUGAGCAUCACAUACAGUGGCACCCAAUCCCAUCCGAAACCAAACGCAACGACUUUCCCAACGGGUGAGAACUACAAUGCCUUGAUACGUGCCUGGACAGUUCAAAAAGGCUUUCGUGGCUACGGUGUUGGCGCGGCGCUCCUUAACGAAGCCGUCAUGAUCUGCUAUGAUCAUAAGUGGAAAGGACUCCGAUUCGCGAAUUCCCACGCCAACUCGCUUCGCGUGUUUCCCUCCAUCUUUCAUGAUGACAUGGAUCAGGAAUCCGCUAUGUGGAGCUCAUAUCUGCGCAAACGGACUGAGGCUUAUCUUCAAUCCCGUGCCGUUUUUGAGGCUCGAGUCCUUCAUAUGUCCCUAAAUGCCAGUGAUACCCAGAUCCCGAUGACCGAUGCACAAAUGCAGUUGAUUUGUACCCAGGUAAAGCUAGAGGAGUUGAUCCGAAGGUACUUCAACAUGCGCCUUGAAAAGGCAUUUGAAGCUCAGGCUCGGUGGAAGGAAAUCUCGUAG